AUGAUCGAUAGGCAGAUCAUGGGUGAUCAAUACGACCGUCGCCACCCUUCUCUAGCCAUCGUUCAGUCGCUCGUAGCCUCGCCGAGGAUGGAUAAUGCUCCCGGUAGCACUUUUGUCGAUGCUGAUAAUGUCGGCCCCACCACUUACGGCGCCGCUGGUGCUUUGAACGAUCUGUCUGGCCAGUUUGACUGGUCUGCAGGAAUACGGCCGGAUUUUCCUGCAAUGCCUGAAGGUGAUCUUUGGAUGGGGGAUUCGGGGGAUGUGUCCUGGCUCUCUGAGAUGCCAUUUGUAACAGGAAUGGAUAUGACCUAA